AUGGGACAGACCACCGAUUUCCUGGUUACCCUGCCCAGUUCACCCGGUGCCACGACAAUAGACGGCCAUCCCGCGAAAUCGAUAACCAGCAAGAUCAGCUCCUUACUCAAGUGGCAUUCGAAUGACACUCCACCCCCCGGACGGGAGGCGAUCUAUAUCAGCUUACUUCUCAAGUAUCUAAACCCAACGCUCUAUGGGCAGCCAACAUGUUUCUUGUGCCUGACCACCUGCGACUCGUGGGAUGCCGUUUGGAUACACAGCAACAGGAAGCAUGCCGCUGAAGCAAUUUGGCCACUAGACUGUCCUGAAUGCCAGCGAAUGGGGAAAAAGGCGCCUUUGCCGCAAGUGAGGAAUCUAGGCGAGUGGUGCGCUCACGUGCAUGAGGACCAUGCACCAGGCGAAGAGGAACCCUUCCGGUGUCUUCUGGGCUGCAAAACGUUCGCCAGUAUCCGCGACCUGACUACACACCUGGAGAAGAAUCAUCACGAGUUUGGGUUAUUUAUCACAGCUUUUUUGUCCUCUUCAUUUUGGCAGGCGACAUCUCCCUCCAGUAGCUCCAUCAUCCUAUUGCUUAUCCAUUCCUCACGGCGUGCCUUUUCCAGCUUCUUAUACGCCUCCGUGACCUCUGGAGGUGAGAAUGAGCGAGUUGCCAAAGUCAAAAACGGCAGCCGCGUCCCCGGCGUCGUAGAUCUUGCGAACAUGGCCGUUUUGGAAGAUUGGCCCGGCAUGAGGCAGGGGGGCAGGGGCAUCGUCGAGAAUUUGACCGCGGCCGAAGAUUAUUUUGUUCAAUAUGCCAUUGCGAAAGAACACCAUCUCCAACGUUUGCUGGACAAGGUUAAUGUCGAGGGCCUAAAACACACGGCUAGCAAUAUUCGCAAAGGUGUGCCCUGCCGUAUUCCAGCGUUGGAACACGAUGGUUCGGCUUCUGGAGAAGAUGUCGUCUCUCGCCAGAUGGGGGGACAAAACUGCCACGUCGAUAUCAAGUUCGAUGAUGGUGUCACUUGGAUUGCAAGGAUCCGGCUAGAAGAUCCCGUCCUGCCUCCCCCAGGUGUCCAGAGUUACGUUUUCUUAAGCGAAAUAGCGACACUUGAGUUCUUGGCCAAAACCAGUGUCCCAGCUCCCAAGGUGUAUCACUACCAGCUUCAAGGCUCAGCAAAUAUCGUCGGGACUUCCUAUGUUCUCAUGGAGAAGAUGCCAGGCAAGCCGCUGGACUGGAACGAGGCGGCAAAUGACGGCAUCGACGAGGGCAGCAACGAAGAAGGAGCUGUCAGCUACUCGCAAAGUCGUUUCUCCAUCGACUGUCUCGGCCAGGGCGGUGGAACCAAUGCUACCAAUAGCAUCCAGCAGAUGAUUCAACAGUACGCCGAACAGGGCCCUACGGCUGCCAACCAUGGCGAGAGAACACAAGAUGCCUUAGCAAGGCAAAUGGAGAAAUGGCGCAAAUUUGCGACAGAGGCUGGCAUCGAUCCACACGAGAAACUCCUCGUAGCCAAGCCAAGGUCCCGGAUCAAAAAAGAAUCUACCGUCAAGACGUAUUGGAAGUGGCUCUACGUGAAUUUAAAUGAAGCCACCGGCAAAUGGAUGACAGAGGAGAUCCUCCGGGACGUUGCCAAUUGGAUCAAUGGCGAACUGAUCCCCUUGUUUGGUCUCGACACUUCCCAAAAAGACAAGUCGGACUUAUUUCGAGCACAAAUGACGUUGAUCCUUAUCAUCGCCGCUGCUACAACAACCCGCCCAGAUGCACUGAUCGGCAAUGUCCUAUAUCGCCACGUCGAACUCCAGAUAUUCCGGCCCGCUCCAGGAAGUACCACUGCCCGCAUCGGCCUCUUGGAUCUCCAGCAUGUGAAGAAGAAGGCUGCAGGCCGUAUGAUUUUUGGACUUCACGAAGAGCCGACCCUGCUCCACGAUCCCGUUCUCCAUAUGCUAGCGCUUGCUCUUGCGGAUAGGGCAUUCUUGAACGAUAUCACGAGUCUGGAGCAGCUCCAUUCUAUGCGAGUCCCCGAUGAGGCAGACCGCAUUCGUUUGCCAUGGAGCGAGGAGUGGAUGGCACGGCCGGUGUUCCGGCCGACCGAAGCAAGCGACUACGGGAAAGCCAUCAGCCCUACAAAGCCACUGGCUUACGAGACGGCUCGUAAGAAAUUCCACAGCUUUGGGCGGGCGACGGGCUAUUGCAAAGACCUGGCCAUUCUACGACAUUCGACGACGGUCGGGCAGAAAACUCAACGCGAUGGUCAUCGCCAGGGCAAUUCAUCAACUUGCGUUGCCUACUACAUGCCCAACUUCAUUGCUGCUGAUUGCCAAGCAAUCACCUUUGGGAGUGAACGCCAGGUGAAUCUCAUCGAGCGCAUGGGCCGCCUGCAUCGAUACGGGGGCGCCCCAACGAAGCUAACCGAAAAGCAGAGACAAAAGAUGUACAAUCAUUCCACGCUCGUAUCAUGUCGCGAGAAACGCAAUGCAUUUUAUUCGGAGCUCCGUCGGCAGUAUGGUCAGACUCGGUACUAUAGCAAGGGAACUGAGCUUGAGCAGCAGUACUUGCAUUAUCAGAAUCUCGUCAAGAAAACGAAGGCAAUGCUGGAAAAGAAUCGCCUUGACCAAGCGAUCCAGGACUUUCACAGCACGGCUCAUGCUCAGGAGGUCGCACGGCAGCUAGACGGGGAAGAGCCGGACAAAGCCGCCCUUGAGCCGUCGGCAGAGCAUGAGCUGCCGGACAGGCAACUGGUAGCCGACCUCUUUGCCGGCGCAAGCGACGCGACGUCCGAAGAGGCCAUCCGCGAGCUGCGUGUCCAGAUCAGCCUCGCUAUUAGCCGACUGUGUCUCCUCAAACAAAGUAGAGUAUAUCGAGGUGGGGCGGGACGCAAGGUUCGCGCCAGAUGCGCAGAAGGAGCGAAGGGCACGAACGAGUCACAAGCUUCGACGCCAGGAGCAGAGGCUCCAAAACCAAAGGCGAUGGCAGGGACUUGGGGCACCACCAAGUACGCUUGUGGGUUUUGCCGGUGGGGCGACAAGUCGGCCGGGAAAGUCCAGCGACAGCGAACGUACAGAGUCGAUGCGCUGGCCAUGCACUGGAAGGUUCACCACGCCGCGAUCCUGGACGCGGAAUUGUUGCUCUGUCCCUACCCUAGCUGUGACGCCGCCUUCGGCAACGCCCCUUUCUGUCAAAGGUUCGGCAGGAUUUCAUGGGUCAACCACGUGAGCCAGGUCCAUGGCAUCCCUUUGGGGCGUGGAUGGACCCGCGACGCCGGACCGGACUGGAGAGUGGCACUGGGUAUGACAAGCCCAGUAUUUUAUAUAAGACGUCCCGUCCCCAUGCUGCCGUCGACAAAGCUUUUCUCCCCUUCUACAGACACCAUGGAUCAAGAUCAAGACAUCCUCCCACACCGCUGGCUCGAAGCGUUCCCAGGCAUCUACGUUGCCAUUCCACGACAGCCUCAGCCCGAAGACGCAAUGAACGUCCAGGUCGGUAUUAUCACAUGGCACACCGCCGACGUGGCGCCAGCAUUUGUUCGUACGGACGUUCAAUUCGACGUCUAUCGCUUGCCUCUCCAACGCGCCGCUCGGGAAGGAUGGGCCUCCUGGAGCCUGUAUUUCGAGGCUUAUGGCUAG